AUGUCUAAUGCAAAAGAAAGAAAGCAUGCUAAGAAAAUGAGAAACCAGCCCACUAAUGUGACCUUAUCCUCUGGCUUUGUUGCUGAUAGAAGCAUAAAGCACCAUAAUGGAGGGGGGAAACCUUUCCAAGCUCAAACACAAGAACCUCAUUCUGGAAUGACAAGACAGCGGCAAACCAAGAUGACGCCCCAUUUGCAGCCCGAGCCUAAUAUGAAUGAGCAGUCUUCCUCCAAACUCACGUUUAAAAAAAAGGGAGGCUGGAAAGCAGGUCCUGAUGGGACUUCUCAGGAGAUUCCCAAGUAUAUAACAGCUGCUACUUUCGCCCAAGCACGAGCUGCUGAAAUAAGUGCUAUGUUAAGGGCCGUGACCCAGAAGUCUUCUAAUUCACUGGUUUUCCAGACCUUGCCACGGCACAUGAGACGGAGGGCCAUGAGCCACAAUGUCAAACGCCUUCCCAGACGACUGCAGGAAAUGGCCCAGAAGGAGGCAGAGAAGGCUGUGCAUCAGAAAAAAGAACAUUCAAAAAAUAAAUGCCAUAAAGCUCGAAGAUGUCACAUAAACCGGACACAAGAAUUUAACCGUAGACAAAAGAAGAACAUAUGGUUAGAAACUCACAUCUGGCAUGCCAAACGGUUUCACAUGGUGAAGAGGUGGGGCUAUUGCCUUGGGGAGAGGCCCACAGUCAAAAGCCACAGAGCCUGCUACCGAGCCAUGACAAACCGUUGCCUCCUUCAGGAUUUGUCCUACUACUGUUGUUUGGAGUUGAAGGGCAAAGAGGAGGAAAUACUCAAGGCACUUUCUCAAAUGUGUAGCUUAGAUGCAGGCCUGACCUUUGCAGCAGUUCACUGCUUGUCUGGAAAGCACCAAGGGAAUCUUGUUCUUUACCGGGCAAAUAAAUAUCCGAGAGAAAUGCUUGGGCCCAUUACGUUUAUUUGGAAGUCAGAGGGGACCUCUGGUGGCACAUCUGAGAGCAGGCAGUUGUGGAUUUGGCUUCAUCCAACUCUUAAACAGGAUAUCUUAGAGGAGAUAAAAACUGUGUGCCAGUGUUUGGAACCCAUCCAGUCACCUGUCGGCUUACCUAACCCACUUCCAACACUGUCUCAAGGAAAAUGCCAAACUGAAAUGACUGAUGAGAAAACUGGCAAGAAAAGAAAAAGGAGAGACGAUGAAGAAAAUGCUAAACCAGUUACAAAAAUUGUUGGUGAUGGGACUAGAGAUCCACAUCAACCGUAUUCUUGGGUCUCUGCAGACACAGGCGUUAUAAUCAGUGACUUGACCAUGGAGAUGAGUAGAUUCCGGCUUAUCGGCCCCCUUUCCCACUCUGUCCUAACGGAGGCACUGAAAGCUGCUUCUGUCCAUGUGGGGGAAGAGGACACAGAGGAGACACCUCACCGCUGGUGGAUUGAUGCCUGUAGGAACACUGAUAGUGUUUCCCUUCAUCGCAGACAGGAAGCCAUUUUUGAGCUGUUGGGAGGAAUAACAUCACCAGCAGAAAUCCCAGCAGGUACUAUUCUGGGACUCACGGUGGGGGACCCUCGAAUAAAUUUGCCUCAGAAGCGCUGUGAAGCUUUGUCCAACCCAGAAAAAUGCCAAGAUAAUGAGCAAGUUAGACAGCUGCUCCAGGAGGGCGUGCCAGUGGAGUGUGCGCAUAGCUUUAUCUGGAACCAAGAGAUCUGUAGGAGUGUCACAGAGAAUAAAAUCUCGGAUCAGGAUUUAAACCGGAUGAGAAGUGAAUUGCUGGUGCCUGGGUCUCAGCUUGUUUUAGGUCCCCAUGAAUCAAGGAUACCUAUACUUCUGAUUCAACAGCCGGGCAAAGUGACUGGUGAAGACCGACUAGGAUGGGGCAGUGGCUGGGAUGUCCUCCUCCCAAAGGGCUGGGGCAUGGCUUUCUGGAUCCCAUUUAUCUAUCGAGGUGCAAGAGUUGGAGGAUUAAAAGAGGGUCUAGUGCAUUCUCAGUAUAAAAGGGCACCUGCUGUCCCAGGUGAUUUCCCAGACUGUCCUGCUGGGGUUCUCUUUGCUGAAGAGCAAACGAAGAAUCUUCUUGAAAAGUACAAAAGGCGCCCUCCUGCCAAACGGCCCAACUAUGUCAAGCUUGGCACACUGGCACCUUUCUGCUGUCCCUGGGAGCAGUUAACUCAGGACUGGGAGUCCAGAGUCUGGGCCCAAGAAGGAUCUUCUGUAGAUUCCUCUCCAACUGGUGAGGAGAGUGACCUAAGAAGAUGCGAGGUGCCUCAUGCUCCCACCCCUGAAGAACCUCAUCAGGCAUCUGCUGAAGCAGGCACACCCGUAAAUAACACCACCGAGUCACGAGUCUUGGACACAGAGUGUCAGGACCAGCCAGGCACCGAGAGGGAUAUGGACCAGGGUACAAGUGAGAACCAUGUUGCUGCUACCAGUAGUCAACUCUGUGUGCUGAGGAGUAGAAAGUUACUGAAGCAGCUGUCCGCCUGGUGCAGACCCCGUUCUGAGGAUCGGCGGGCAGCCCGGUGGGGCCCUGCCAGAGGCCAGCAAGGACUGACCAGAGAGGCCUGCCUAGCCUUCGAGGACCGCUUCCCCAGGGCCCUGGUGUGGGUCAGCCUGUCCCUGCUCAGGAAGGGCAGCCCCGAGCCACACACCAUGAUCUGUGUCCCAGCUGAGGAGGACCUGCUUCGGCUCAGUCAGGACCCAGAGUACUGUGGGCCCCAGGAGCCCCGGCACAACGACCCAUUCAAGAGCGUCAUCCUGAAGCAGAAAGAAAAGAAGAAAAUAGAGAAAAGGCAGAACCAAGGAUGUGCUGCUUCUGAGGCCCUGGCAUCAGGGCCGCCUGAGGCCAGGCAGGAAGCCCCGACUCUGGGAUUAUGGUCAGGCACCCUCCCGGGUUUGACUUCACACUGCUCCAGAGCCCUCCUCGGCUUUGUCACUCAGGGAGAUUUUUCCAUGGCUGUUGGCUGUGGAGAAGCCCUGGGGUUCGUUAGUGUGACGGGCUUGCUGGAUCUGCUGUCCAGCCAGCCAGCAGCUGAGAGGGGCUUGGUGCUGCUGAGGCCUCCCGCCUCCCCGCAGUACCGAUUUGCAAGAAUUGCUAUUGAGGUGUGAACGCGGUUCACGGCCUUGCAGGGCUCUGAUGAUAACUUUGUCAAGUCCCACAGUUGGAGAUUCUUGCUUUCCCUGUCUUCUCUUUCAAAAUAUCAUGUGAAAUUCCUUGGAAUCAAGAAUAAAAAAUGACAUAUUAUGCAAACGAUGAAAGGUUUACAUCA